UCUUCAGAAAAUGACGGGUCAAGAGAGAGUUCAUAAGACAUGUGAUGUAAGAUUCUUUUAUGAGCCAAACGUAACAACUGGUAUAAUCAAGGCGAUCUUUACCACACCGUUCUAUUGUCAGUGAUUCAUUCUUCUUUAUCGAUGUGUUGGUCGAUCAUCGUGUCGUGAAUCAUUGCGCAUUAUUUAUUAUUCAUGGCAAAUACUAAAACAAGUAAAGUGUCAAGUCAUGUGAACACCUGGGAUAUCAUGAACGCUCAAACAACAACUUCGACUUAUUGCUAACACCUCAACCGCGAAGAUUGUUCACAAAAACACCUACAAACCAACUAAUCUUGCUAUAGUUAGUGAAAGGAGAUUACUUGGAUGAGUUUUGCUCGCAAGAGUUUGCAGACAUGGGUACUGGUACUUUGAUCUUGCAGGCUUUAAUUCUCUUUGGUUGUUUCGGUGGAGUAUUGGGGACCUUAAAUCGUAUUAAUAUCGUUAUAGGAGUUCUGUACAGACAAGAUUAUGAAGGCCUUACACAAAUGCUGAGAAUUCUACUCAAACAUGACCUAACGGACAUCCAUAGCAAAAUCCUCCCGCCCCAGUACCGACUCAAGCCUGUUUAUAUAAACGUGGAAGGAAAACCGCUCUUAUCAAAGGAGGUUGCGUUAACUCUUGAAAAAGCAGUUUGUAUCUUGGAUAUGUACGGCAAUGACCCAGACGCCUUUGCGCUGAGUGAAAUGUUACGACUACCGCUGAUCACAAUGGACAGUCUUAAUAAUGAUCCUCCAAAUCGCUUCGUGCUGUCAAUUCGACCACAAUACCCAGUCAUCGCCCAGGCUUUGUUUGACAUUAUACUAUAUUUUAAGUUUGCUGAUGUGGCUGUAUUGUAUGAUGUUCGAAAGACACGACUGGCAUCUUAUUUUUACUCGCUGGCUCGAAGUCAAGAUCGUUUUGGUGUACAUUUAAUGCCUGAGAUGGAUCUAGAUGAUCGGAGUAAAACAAUUGACGCACUCAAGACGCUCAUGAGGUCAUAUAUAACAAACGUCGUUUUGAUUUGCGAUCACAAAGAUAUGGCAAACAUCAUGAAUGAGGCGUUAGCUGUGGGGAUCAACAGCCCCGACUAUCGGUGGAUUGCAAGCGAUGUAGAAGUAGCACAAGGCAACAAGACAUACUAUCCAUCUAUUCUGGGAAUGGUUGGAUUAAGUUUGCACGUGACAAACAAAAGGGUUUCAACUGAAUAUAAGAAGUUUGAUGAUCUGAUUAACAUCAAUGGCGGUAUUCCUGUGGCACCGGUGGUGUAUGCAGCGAUUAAUGAUUCCCUGUACUUAAUCACUCGUGCUAUUAAAAGCUUAAUAACAUCCAAUAGAUGGGACAGCCUAUAUCCACCUCCAACCAAACCUUACACAAACAUGGUCAGCUGUCCCAUGAAGGACGCAAAGUCUUUCAAAUCACAAAAUACUGCUGGAAUUCGGUUGCUUGAGACAAUGCAAAAGAUAGGUGAUCACGAUGGUCUGACUGGUGUCAUCAAUUUCGACAUGAGUGCCACAAAUCAGCGUCGCCUUGAUAUAUUGAACAUCGUAGAGAAGAAUGUUGAAAAGGUUGGUACAUGGAAUCCCAGCCCUCAGAACGACGAGGAGUCAGUGACAAUGAAGGACGUUAAUCCCGUCCAGUGGGUCGGGGAUUUUGCAGAUCUUGUGAAAUGUCACAAUCCAGGAAAGCCAGGAAAAAAGUUCGUAAGAGCCAAACGAGUUUUACGAGUCACUACUGUUAUUGAGCCACCGUUUGUUGAGUGGAGCAAUGGUACUAUUUUAACACGACCAGUUGCUAACACCAGCUUACAAGGAUUUUGCUUGGACUUACUCAACGAGCUCUCAGGGAUGUUGAAUCUCGACUAUCAAAUACUUCUAAGGACAGAUAAUGCUUAUGGGAAGAAAGUACAAGGGCGAUGGAAUGGAAUGAUAGGAGACUUGGUUGACAAGAAAGCCGACAUCGCUCUCGCCCCAAUCACCAUAUAUGCCACUCGUGAGUCAGUGAUUGAUUUUACUAAGCCAUUCUGGGACUUUAGCAUGAGUUUGAUCAUGCAGAAAGAAACAGAGGAAGAACUUGACUUAUUUGCAUUCGUAAAGCCAUUUGAUGGAAUCGUUUGGAUCUUGAUUAUUGGAGUUGUUCUUUUUGUCACGAUCAUGAUGUACAUCGUAGAUCUGUUCAGUCCCUUUGGUCAUCGAGCCGAGGCAACAGACACGGGCGAGGGGGCUGGUGAUGAGUUCAAUCUGUUCAAUAGUCUUUGGUUCGCUACAGCGUCCAUGUUACAGCAGGGAGGGGACAAUACACCCAAGUCUCCCUCUGGUAGGAUCCUUGCAGCUGCAUUCUGGUUUUUCAUUCUUAUUAUAAUCUCUACAUACACGGCCAACCUUGCUGCUUUUUUUACAAUCAAACACUCCAAGAAAACCAUCAACUCUCUGGAUGAUCUCGCCAACCAAGACAAAAUUAAAUAUGGCGUGCUCAAGGGUGGUGCCAUUGAUACUUUCUUCGAGGAUUCCCAGUUACCUCUCUACCGUAAAAUGUAUUCACAAAUGAGACAGAAGAAUUCUUACGCACCAAGUACCAGCACAGGAGUAGAGUGGGCAAGAAAAGGAGGUUAUGCAUACCUGACUGAGCAGCCGUAUCUCGAUUAUUACAAUAUGAGGAAGCCAUGUAAUACUACCUUACUCAAUAACUUAAUCUCGUAUAAAAGUUACGGGUUUGGUCUGCAAAGGAAUUCGCCUUAUGUGAAUGAACUGUCUGUGGCGAUUCUUAAGCUUCGAGAAAAUGGUUUCAUCGACAGUAUCAAGUACAAGUGGUGGGAUGAAAGAAGUCAGUGCGUAGUCGAACCUAAGUCUGCUACAGGACAAACAGCCAGCCUUGGAAUUCAGAACAUGGCGGGUGUAUUCAUUAUUCUUCUUGGUGGAGUUGCACUUUCCUUCUUUCUCAUCAUAAUUGAGAUCAAGUGUAAACGACUAGUAGACUUACUCACAAAAACAGGACAGUGCUCCAAAAAGGACACCGAUUCGUACGAAGUGAAUUCUUCUGAAAACCACGUUGAAUUUCAUCCUUUUAUGUCUAUCAAUCGACCUACAACGCUGAACCUACCUGAAUGUUAUGCUAAUGUCCAAGAAAGUAAGCUAUAGCUAUUGUCACCAUUGCUGGUUUCUCACCAAUCAAAGACGUGACAUUCGAGUCUGUGCUGAUAGAAGACUUGUAGUUGUCAUAGAGAUGCCUACCAUUAGGAGCAUAAUGGAGAAACAUUGAAAACAAAGAGUAAGCAUUCAAUGGACUGAAGACUUGGUGUGGACUUUUGGUUUCAAAGCCGGUAGGCCGGUUAUUGAGUUUGAUUUGAAAUUCCAUGGAACAUUCUUCUCAGUGGGAUUAGAACAAUGGCACUGAAAACAAAAAGGACAACCUUGUUUGAAAAAGAAAUAACUACGAUAACGACAAGGAUAUUUUCAUUGUUUUCAGGCGGAAUAGGUUGCAUAUAUAGACAUUGGAUUGUCUACGUACGGCUCACAUAUUAAGCAUCAAUUUGCAUUUAUAAAGCAAUUAAAAGUAAAAUAAUUAAUUAAUCAGCUGAUAAACUUAUUCAAGUCAGUGCUCUAAAAGUAAUUUACGACAAAUUUCAUACCCAGGUUCACUGACCACGAACACGGCAUUGAACCGAGGCGUCAAGGUGCACUAAAAGAAAAGAUGUGUGUACCUUGUUCCUUUAUGACUCGGUUCAGUGUUUUGUUCGUUGUGACUGAGCCUGAGUAUGGAAAGAGGUAGACAAAGAUCGAAAACUGGCUGACGCUUCGGGUGUGACCUCUCGUCGAAAUGAAGCUGAGCCGAGACGGAUGGCGAACUUUUUCAAUCCUUUAGUGUAUAAUUCCUGCUUUGAAUCCUGUUUCCUCAGGAAUACCGACGCAGUUCAUAAAGUAAAGCUGUAAGUAAAGUAAGGUGUAAAGCUAAUUAGUAUUAUUUAGUAAUAAUAAUCAACUUGUAGUUAUUUAGCAUUAGGUAUACAAUAACGUAACGACAUACUGUAUCAUUAAAAAAAGAGCAAAUGAUAAUAAACAAAAUCCACUUCGUGGA